AGUUUGUGAAUUUGUGUUUCUAUUUACUGCAGUGGUACGGGAGAAGUAAGUUAAGCUUAAGAGCAACUAUGGGCCUCAUGAAGAAAGCGCCGCAGUGUUUUUACAUUUUUGAAGAGUAAUACCUCUUGUAAGAAAGUAGUCACUCACUUCUUGCCUUUUUUCUUCAUAGGGUAGCAGAACAGUAUCAUGGAGGACGGCGGCGCCGCGCCCCCGGAGGCCCCGCAGCCGGGCGUGGUGGUGGCUGAGCCAACUGGGCCGUCCACCGCGAGCAACGACCCGGUCGCGCCAGCUGCAACAACGAGCAACGACCCUGCAGGGUCUGGUGAUGACCCGAUGGCGAUGGAGGUCGAGCAGGACGACGCAGGUAUGCAGCAGGACCCAAGUGCGGUCUUCAGCGCCCUGGAUUCGCUCGGGCCACCACAGGGUUCUCCGCCGCAGGGGUCACCGAAACUCGACGCAGCCUUCGAAGCGAUGGGGAUGACCAUGGGCAUGCCGGUAAAAAGAUGACACGCACAAAUGAUGUUGCAGCCGCUCUGUAUGUAUUGUACAUUGUUAUCUUUCAUAUUUCAUUGCAUGGAGUCAUCAACAUUCGCAUCGCGGCUGAUCAUGUGAAAUCCGUCUGUCAUGCGCCACCACUCUGUUGUAUAACUACAAUCGCACAUCUUACAGGUCCAACAAGACUACGCCCGGCGCGCCAUGCACCCGAUGAAGGUUUCCUUUUACGAGUUGAUAAUUCGCCAGCUCGCGGACGAUGAAUUUCUGGACGAGGCGUUGUCGCUGAAAAAUCGUUCCGGGUUGAAAGAGGCCGGCCACGUGGAAUCGAACUGGCUUUUCCGUCUGUACGAGGAGAAUUUUGGCAAGCACUUCAGCGACCAAAACAAGUGGACCGACAUGGGGCUCACACCCAUGCCUAAGCUGGAAAGCGGGGAGAGGUGUCUGGACGUAGAAGAGCCGAGGUUUGACCUAGACGGCUUGGACAAAAUAACCUACACCGACAGUUACAAAAACGUCAUCGCUGACGACGAUCCGGAAAGUAUAGCAAAAGGCGAGGGGAAGGGGCAAAGGGACGGCAAAGGUAGAGGAGUUUUUGUUCAUUAGCGAAGGAGUUUUAUGAGAUUCAUCUUGGAAUGUGUCGACGGAGUGCGGAAACUAGAAUUUUGAUGAGAACAGACACAAAAUAAAACCUCCAGAUCGGGACGGAAAGGACGCCAAGGAUCAUCAACAAGAGCCCCCCGUUGCCAAGGCGCGACCCCUUCACAGGAAGAAAGCAAAUAUCUUCAAUAAAGUCCAUUACAACACGGCGCACAAACAGAUGGUGCGAGCAGUGGCUUUUAGUCCGGACGGCAGGUGCAACUUAUGUGGCGCUUUUUGCGAGUCACAAAUGACUUCGAAAUUGUUUGUACUUACGGCGAAUGUAACCGCGAUUCAAUCAUUUGAACGAUCGAUCCACGAUGUGCGAGCAGCAGUCCAAUGUACAACUUCCGUCAAAACAGGUUCGCAGCGAGCGGAAGCCACGAUACCACGGUGAAAGUGCUGGACGUCAACAAAAUGUUUCACUACGGGUCGCAAAACGCGGGCGAGAGGCGUGACCAGGGGUCCGAUGUACGACCCGUGAUGCGCACCCUAUACGACCACCAGGGCCCGUAUGGGAGUGUCAGGAUCGAAAUCGACAAAAUCGAAAAACUUGUGAUGCAGAAAAUGUAGGACACUGAAGGCCUGUAUUGGGGAGCUGGCAAAUGAGACAGAUUGUAAGCCUGUUUAGGGUAAGACGCUGUGCUGUCAGAGUAGCAUGACAGGAGCAGUCUUCUUUGCCGUAACAGCAUGACAGACUGGAUUUUGGUGCUCUCGAAAUUUGUCAUGCGCCACUUGGAAACUGAGGCUCCAACUGGUAUCUUUUUAUGCAUCACAAAUCAUUUCGAUUUUGUCAAUUUCGAUUCUGAUGCUUCCAUAGCCCGGUGAACUCCCUCUGUUUCCACCCACAUCUCGCCUACCUCUUCACCGCAAGUGCCGACAAGACCGUGAAGGUCUUCGAUCUAACUCGCCCCCAGACGCAAUUGAAGUCCCUAUCCAGCAUCCCCGAUAGCAGUAUGGUCCAGACCAUGGCAGUGCACCCCAGUGGCGACUACCUCUACGUCGGCACCGCCCACCCGACAAUCCGGCUGUACGAUCUCACAAGGCUGGAGUGCUUCACAGGCCCAAAUCCCAACGACGUACUGCUUCAUUCGUGUUGCGCUGAUCUAUUUUCAUUUUUGGCGACGAUUGUUGGGAUGUUAUGUAGACAUUGGCAGUUUUGUUCCAUAUGAUAAAUGUAUCAUCAUAAAAUAUCAGUACCACACCGGUAUGAUAAACGACCUGGCUGUGACCAGCGAUGGCAAGGUUCUGGCAUCAGCGAGCUCGGACGGUGAAGUGAAGUUGUGGGACGUUGUCGCCAACCGAGUAGUGAAUAGCAUGAGCAAGGCACAUCACGGCGCCAGCGUCUGUAGCGUGAAAUGGAGCAGAAACCUGAGGUAGAAACGCGGUUCAGUAGUCUUUUUGAUCUGCCCCCCGCUAAGCAUUGGGAUGCUGUAUUGCUAAGUUUGUUUUCGAGCUUUCCCUUUCUCAUUUUUCACUCAUCCACAACCACAUAAAACAGGUAUUUCCUUACCGCGGGUUGUGACGGUAAAGCAAAACUUUGGGAUGCCCGAAAGGGAGGCAACGAGCCGGUCCACAAUAUGAAUGUUUGCGCCGCAAGGAAUCUCGAGUACGCGCGAGCAGCCUUCAUCGGCCAGGAGCGUUUCAUCGCUGUGGCGUCGUCUGGGAACGACCUUUGCAUUCUCGACGCGCAAACUGGAGAAUACCUGCAAGGAGGUAUUUAAACUGUGACUCUUUUUCUUCUUGCGAUGUGCUGUUACUCAUUUUGUCAAGAAAGACACGAAUAGCUGCAUAGGAAAACAAGGGCAACUACGAGUCACCAUACCAACAUAAAGUUUGGCGUGUUCGUUGCUCUGAUCCCUGUUCCCCAACGUUAAAUCAAAAUUUCUCAUCCCUUGAAAACAGCGGUAGCCCGUGGCGGUUACCACCACCACACCUCCCACCACCAGCACAGCAACCCGGUUUUCUGUAUAGCUGCUCACCCCAAUGACACGAAAUUCCUGACUGGCUCCGACGACCACAAAGUGCGGUAUUGUGAGAUUUUGAACCGACCUGAGGACUGGGUGAACUACCGGGACCGGCAGCGCGAAAGGCACGCGCACAAGGGCCACGGGCACGGCGCCAACGCGCAGCCCAUCUUGUCGGGACCAAACAGCGCCCCGGUGAUGCCGCCUCCGACGGAGUGGUGGCAACACACAGCCAACACUGGCGAAAACAUGGUCGCGGACGGGACCAACUACCCGGAUGUGGUCAACCAACCAGGGGGAGAGGGCAUGGGGAGCGGGAACGAGGAGCACAUGGACGGCGACGUCGGUGUAGAUCCCGACGCCGCGCCUGUCUUGGGCGAAGGGGAUGUUGAGUACUAGCUAUAAAACUCAGUUUCACCGAGGCGCGCGGACGUUCGGCGUGUGCUGUUUGAAGAUUAUCUACUAGUCCAUUUAUCAGAACAACUUCGAGAAUACAGUCUAUCAGACGGUGUGCAUUGGUCACUUGAAUAAGUAAACGACCUGUCCGCGUAGGGUCGGGGUUUUUGAGUGGAGCAACUUCAGCGACAAAAAUAACGACAAAUUGAUAGUCCUACAACCAGAGCUAAUUUGUUGUGGCGGUGCGUCCAGUUUCGGAAU